CAUUAGCCCUUCUAUAAAUACACAAAUUGUCUUUGUUUUUCUCAAUUUUGCAAAAGCACGCACGAUCGAACGAGAGAGAGCUUCAUCAUGUCGCGACCCAGAUCGAAAAGAGCUGAACUUCCACCUGCUCAAGAGAAUAUUGAAAAAUUGGAGAAGGUUGUAAGCGAGGGAAAUUAUUAUGGGGCUCAACAAAUGUACAAGUCUAUUAGUGCCAGAUAUGUAUCUGCUCAGAGGUACUCUGAAGCACUGGAUAUUCUACAUUCUGGAGCAUGCAUUCAAUUGGCUAAUGGGCAGGUUACCUGCGGAGCAGAGCUUGCUUUAUUGUUUGUCGAAACAUUAGGGAAAGGGAAAAUUCAGUAUGAAGAUGAAAAUCUUGAUCGUCUCAAGAAAAUCUAUGAAGCAUUUCCUCGGGUUCCCUUGCCACAACACCUGUGGGAUGUUGAUGACAUGCAGCAGCUUUCUGAAAAUAUUGGAAGUGCAAAGAUACGUGUUGAGGGAUGUUCCUCGUUCUUAAAAGCUGCCCUUCGAUGGUCUGCCGAAUGUGGAGCAGAUAAAAAUGGUUCUCCAGAACUGCACAUUAUGCUAGCUGAAUACAUAUUUUCUGAAAGUCCGGAGGUGGACAUGAAUAAAGUGACAUAUCAUUUUGUGAGAGGAAAUAAUCCAAAGAAGUUUGCUUCUACGCUUGUGAAUUUUUUGGGCAAGUGUUAUCCCGGUGAAGAUGAUUUGGCCAUUGCUCGGGCAGUUUUAAGGUAUUUAACUUUAGGUAAUUUGAAAGAUGCAAAUGUGCUAAUGGAGGAGAUAAAGAAGCAAAUUGAAUCUACUAAGGUUGAGCUUCCUCAAACGGACUUGAUGCAGUUCAUCGUUUAUCUUUUGCAAACGAUGGAGAGAGAUGCUUUUCCUCUCUUCAAUAUGUUGAGAGGAAACUAUAAGUCAUGUAUUGAGAGGGAACCUGCCUUCAAUGAGAUGCUAGACGAUAUCGCGGAGAAGUUUUUUGGAGUACAACGAAGGAACCCCAUGGGGAUGUUUGGAGAUAUAUUCAAGAUGAUGGGGGCUGAAUAAUGACAUUCAUGAUCAAGAGCUGCUGAUAGCACAGCAAUUUCUACAGAAGAUUCAAAGCAAUUUAUACCAUUUUUAACUAUGUCAGUGAAUAAAACUUUCAUGUAAUCUCUUGAUUAGGUGUAUUUUGAUGAACAUGUUGUGAUUUGUAAAUUUUAGCUGCACAAUUUUUUGGCAAAGCAGCAGUUUCAAUAUUUUUCGCUGUAAAAACAUGCCAGCAAAGUUGAUCGGUUCUUAUCUUGUUUCCUGGCAGAAUAGAGUUUGGAAUGAUUUGUUAAACAUUAAUUUUGUUUCCCAGUAAUAUUGUUAGUAAAUGCAAGGUGUAGCCAUAUGAAUCAUGAA